UGUUCUUGGAAAUAUCAAACUCUCCUACGGGGCGCAGAAUACCGGUGGGCUUGUUCAGAAAGAAAAAAGACGUGAUGAGUGGCAAGCCAUAGUUUGGCGGAACCGUUUCCGAUGUCAACGGUAACAGCUAGCCCAUGUCGACCAAUCGACCCGAUCUCUUUCUAAUUCAAGGGCUGUAUGUAUACCAUCCUCGUGAUGCGGCGUGCGGGUCCCUAUAAAAACCUGACGGAGUGCAAUUUCCAUCUUCAAGCCAAUCAUGUUGCGCAUUCUCUGUACCCUCCCUUUUCUUGCGGCGGCUAUUGCUACACCGAUUGGGUUGAGCGCCGAUCUGGCUGCUCUGGACCAAAUCUCCCUCACGAUCACCGCUCUCGGAGUCUCCAUCGCCGCUCUCCCGAGCUCUGGGCCGGCAAACUCAGCCCAGCUCGCUCUUUUCCAGACCAGCAUGAACAAUCUUCGGAGUGCGGUUGAUAACGCCGGGGCAGUGAUGCUUGCAAACCCGCCCCAGAGGGAUGAUGAAUGCGGCGUCACGCUCCCCCCGAUUCAGGAGGUGUUCCCUGACAGAUUUGUUGCUGCCUUCCAAGGUGCGACUAUCAAAGCGGACGCGUUCGCAUCGGUCAACACCCAGGUGGCCGCGCAGGUGAAUGCUCUGGGAGUGGAGACGGACGAGUAUUUCGAUGCUACUAUUGACGCGUGUCCGAGCAUUAGCAAUCCUUUGGGAAGUGCCAAGGUGGCGGUGGAUGGGGCCUUGCAAGGUUUCACCGACGCGCUUGGCGUGUAGCGAACGUCCGGUGCUCCGAGUUCUAUUGUACCACUAGUUCAACUGCCAGCAGAGAUAUGAUGCAUGUCUAUGCAUGUUGUCAUUUCAAUCAUUAUGUUCCAU